CUCCCAGAAUGCCGAGCGAAGCCUUGGGACCGAGCCUCUAACCCGAGCUGGUUAGUUUGGUGAGAAGUGCGUGGGGUGUCCUUUUUGCAGGGACUGCUGGACAAAAGGGCUAGCCAUGUCGUCCUUGAUUCGAAAGGUGAUCAGCACGGCGAAAGCCCCAGCGGCCAUUGGUCCCUACAGUCAAGCUGUGUUAAUCGACAGGACAGUUUACAUUUCGGGACAGAUAGGUAUGGACCCUUCAAGUGGACAGCUUGUGCCAGGAGGGGUGGUAGGAGAAACUAAACAAGCUCUUACAAAUAUUGGUGAAGUUCUGAAAGCUGCAGGCUGUGACUACAGUAAUGUGGUGAAAACAACUGUGUUGCUGGCUGACAUAAAUGACUUCACUGCUGUAAAUGAGAUCUACCAACAGUUUUUCAAGAGUAAUUUUCCUGCUAGAGCUGCUUACCAAGUUGCUGCUUUGCCCAAAGGAAGCCGUGUUGAGAUUGAGGCAAUAGCUGUCCAAGGACCACUCUCACCAGCAUUACUAUAAAUGGGUCCAAUGUUGCUUAAUCUGGAAUUUUCAUAACAUUUUUAAAUUAACAUCUUAAUUUUUACAACUGAUGUUCAGAGUGUAAUUUUGACCUAAAUAUCUGAAGAUUAUUAUGGAAAUUCCCUAUAAUGGGGAGCUUGAACAUGAAUUGAAGAUUAGAUGAUGAAUCCAGUUGCUGAUGUUGUAAGUUACAUUUAUGCACGCUCACAUCACUGAAUGUGGAAGAAGGUUCACUCAUUACGUAGUUACUCAAAUAAAUAAAAGUGAAGGGAAACAAUAUCUAGAAAAGAUAAGCUACUCUUCCUGAGAAAUAAUAGAGCUCACCUAAUCUGAUUAAAAAAAAAAAAAUCCCACUAAUUUAAUGCUGUGAAAUAUUUUUAGUUCUAUAGGUGCUUCUGCUUCUACUUGAGUAAAAUUAUUCAAGUUGAAUCCAGAGGCAAAGUAGAAGAAAGUGGACCAAAAUUUUAUAAAAUAGGUAAUAUUUUUCUAAUGGAAAUAAAAUAGAUGUGCAAAUUUU